AGCGGCGGCUCCUCUCUGAGGCCGGGCCGGCAGCAGGUCGGGUCCGGGCCGGGAGAGGUAAAAAUGGCAGCAGAAGAGAAGUGGAAAGGCUGGGCUUCGAAACAGCAUAGAGGAGCUGAAGAGGCAGGUGAAAAGGAACCAUGUGUGCUUCUGGGCCAGCGGCUGGGUGAAGCGGGAAGAUUUGCUUACGCAGCACUUUGUGGGAUAUCCCUGGCAUGGCUGUUCCCUGAAGAAGAGCAAAGCUCCUUCAGGACGGAAUUCAUUGAGGGCUUUGUGAAGUGGCUGGACCUGCCCGAUGCUGUCUUACCUGCCAUGACAGCAUUUGCUAGUGGCUUAGGAGGUGAGGGCACAGAAACUUUUGCGCAGAUAUUGCUGAAGGAUCCCAUCGUGAAAGAAAACCCAGUUGCCAUUACCCAGGACCUUCUAGCCUUCUCUCUUAGAGAUGGGUAUUACGAUGCUCGAGCGAGGGUGUUGAUCUGCCACAUCAUCUGGCUGCUGAGAAUCCCCUUGGAGGAGCUGGAAGUCCUGGAGGAAUCUCUGCUUGAGAGCCUGAAGGAACAAAAAGAAGAAGAGUCAGAAACUGCAGAAGUAUCAAGAAAAAAGAAAGAAAGAAGAAGAAAGCUGAAGAGAUACCUGCUGAUCGGUCUGGCAACUGUUGGGGGCGGAACAGUGAUCGGCUUGACGGGGGGUCUUGCUGCCCCUCUGGUUGCUGCGGGAGCUGCUACUAUCAUUGGAAGUGCUGGAGCAGCUGCUUUAGGUUCCACUGCUGGAAUUGCUGUCAUGGCAUCGCUUUUCGGAGCAGCUGGAGCUGGUCUUACUGGAUACAAGAUGAAGAAGCGUGUGGGAGCCAUAGAAGAGUUUGAAUUCCUCCCACUUACUGAAGGCAAGCAGCUUCAUAUCACCAUAGCAAUUACUGGAUGGCUGUGCACUGGCAAAUAUGGGAGCUUCACCGCACCGUGGAGCAGCAUGUUGCAGUCGAGUGAGCAGUACUGUCUGGCCUGGGAAUCCAAGUACUUGAUGGAGCUUGGCAACGCCUUAGAUUCCCUGCUGAAUGGGUUUGUGAACAUGAUGGCUCAAGAAGCCCUAAAAUUCACUGUCUUGUCAGGUAUUGUGACGGCCUUGACUUGGCCAGCUUCCCUCUUGACUGUUGCCAGUGUCAUUGACAACCCCUGGGGAGUGUGUCUCCAUCGGUCUGCUGAAGUAGGCAAACACCUAGCACACAUCCUGCUCAGUCGACGGCAGGGCAAGCGACCUGUCACACUGAUUGGCUUCAGUCUGGGUGCAAGAGUCAUUUACUUCUGCCUGCAGGAGAUGGCUCAAGAAAAAGACUCCCAAGGGAUCAUUGAAGAUGUGGUCUUACUGGGAGCUCCAGUGGAAGGAGAAGCCAAGUACUGGAAAGCUAUCACAAAAGUGGUGUCGGGCAGGAUCAUAAACGGCUAUUGCAGGGGGGACUGGCUGCUGGGGUUUGUAUACAGAACCUCGUCUGUCCAGAUCAACGUUGCAGGGCUCCAGCCAGUCGACUUGGAUGACAGGAGGAUGGUAAACAUGGACCUUUCAUCUGUAGUAAACGGCCACCUGGACUACAUGAAGCAAAUGGACACGAUCCUAAAAGCUGUGGGCAUUAAAACCAAGGAGUGUCGGCUGGAAGAGAAGGGCAGCGGCAGCCUUUUCUCCCCUCUAGCCGAGAAAUCGCAGCAGGCAGCGGGCGGCGAGGCUCGGGAAGAGGAAAACACCGUGCGAGAGGAGAAUGCGGCUGACGGUGAGGCUCUUCCAGCCGGCCACGCUCACGGCCGUGAUUCCCCCAGCUGUCUCUUGGGAGAAGCCUCGCUGCCUUGCCCAGACUGUUCAAACAGCGGGGACAGCAAGAAACAGGCAGCAGGCGAGGGAGCAAAUUAGAGCUCUUCGUGUUGGGCAGAGAUGCUCAGACAGCAUUAAAACUGCUUCCAAAGCACCGUCCGUUGCACUGGGAUUCCCAAAGGAGCAUUGGUGGAGCCGGCAGAGCUGUAGCUGCAGUUUUCAGACCGUCCUGAGAGCCUGGAGCGUGGCACCGGUGUGUCACUGGAUCAAAGCUUUCGGAGCAGCCGCCCACGGCGUCUCCCACGGACAAGCAAGGGCUGAUUCCUGCCUGAAUCAGCAUUGCUCCUCAGGAACCGACGGCACUUCCCUCCUCACACAAACUGGGUCUAUUCUUGAGGGAAGCAGCUGUCACCAUUAGGGACUGUCUCUCUGCUACAUAACUCUUGGGAAAGCAGGUGGCUCUGUGGGUAUUUUAAGCGUAUGAUGAAGAGGGGCUUAUCAUUAGGAAAUUAAACCCAUUUUUCCACCAGUGGUCGAUUUGGGUUUUGGUUUUGAGGUGAGCAGGUGUGUUGCAGGCUCUGGCUGCCCAUCUCUGCACGUCUCGGCGUCCGCACUUCGGCUCUGCUAACCGGGGAGGCGAAAGGCUGAGGCUACCCGGCUUCUCUCCCCCCAUCUGCUGCAGGUUUGCUGCCAGGGUUUGGGCACUUUCCAAUCGACAAGACUGUUUCCCUAUCUGCAAGCUGAGGGCGACGAGUGUUCGAGGCCUCAUUACAAUUAGAAACAUGCUUUGAGUCCCUAGGUGAAAGACAGCAGAAGAAACAGAGUGGGCUUUUUAUGAUUUAUUACUUUGUGCAACUUCCUCCCAGGCUUUGCAAGCCAGCAACCCACAGAGACUUUCGGUUUGUGUCCCACACACAUCUCCAGCCUUAAAAGCCCCCUCUAGACAUAUUUUUAAUUGGCUUAGAAUAAAACCAAUACUUGGCAUAGGAUAAACACGAAGCUGUUUGAUUUCUACCUCCUUCCAUAAAAGCGAAUUGGCCCCCACUCUCUUCUCCCUCAGUCUCAAACCAGAGGGAGGGACCCUGCUUUACGUCCCCUGCCACGCGGAGUCUUCCAAAACAGUGUGGGACCCAUCCACAUCUUCCAUAAAAGGUCCUUUUCUGGCCUACUCUGCUGCUCAGCCCAAGAAAACGCAAUCUAGCAGGAACACGGCAGGGGGAUAGACCCCCUUCUGAGAACAUCUCUGUGUUUUUCUGGUUAAAACAAGUGCCGGUCGGUACAAAUUCCUCCCCACAUCCAGGUCUGGAGGGUCUCCUUGAUUCAUGAGGGGAGAAACAGAGCGAUUGCAGCUUCUGAUUUCGGCUCACCCGGAGCCCUCCUCCUCCCGCCCCGUCCCAGCAGCCAGUUUAAUAACCGCCUCUCCUUUCUUUCCCCAGCUUUUUGCAAACCUCACCUGCAAGGUAUUUCUCACCCAGGUGAAAAUGCGGCUGUUUCUGGGGGUGGCGGUUUGACCUGGCGACGCUCAGCAGCUCUGGGUACGGUGCCGGUGCCCGGCUUUUCCUCUCCCCAGUUCCUCCCACCUCCGAGGGGGGCUCGGACCUGCUCAGCUCGGAUCUGGAGCGAUGGAGACGUCUCUGAGGCAGGCUGUGGGAUCCCUGCUGGGCCUGUUUUGCCGGGCAGCCGUUGACGCCGCUGGCUGCAGGAAAGGGACACGAUUUCUCUGCCGCAUGAGAAGG